AGCUGUCGAUCACAGUAUUUUCCUGGCCAUCUAACAAAGCAGACGUACGAGUUGCUGAGCGCGGUAAAAAACGUGGUAAACGCAUAUAUUGGUGACUACAAAAGUGUAACGGUACAUAAUAGUGUUCGAACCUUAAUUAAGUGAGGAAGUGUAGUGCAGCGGAAGUGAAGUGCAAAGCAAAAGGAAACUCUAAAAAAGUGUGGUUAAAGGAAACAGUGUAAAACUUGGUUCAAAAUGGCUUCCCAUGGCAAGCGUGUGUGUGUAAUUGGCGCUGGUACGGCAGGGCUCUGCGCGUUGAAAAACUCACUGCAACAGGGCAUGGAUGCGAUCGCCUAUGAGCAAUGCAGCGAGAUCGGUGGCACCUGGGUGUAUACGAAACCAGGUGAAAAUGAUGUGCACAGCAGCAUGUAUGAGGGUUUACGCACAAAUCUGCCCAAGGAGGUUAUGGGUUAUCCGGAUUACUCUUAUCCUUCGGAAAUUGAACAAUCAUUCGUACCUUCGGCGGAAGUGCUGAAAUUCUUGCAGUCGUAUGCACAACAUUUCGAUUUAUCCAAAUACAUUAAGCUGCAGCAUGAGAUAAUACGCGUGCGUCCUUUGGAUGAAAAGUGGGAGAUCUACAUUCGCGACAUCAAGAAUGACACUUUUAUCAAAGAAAUAUUUGAUUUCGUUUUCGUUUGCAACGGACAUUAUAGCAUGCCACUGAUGCCAGAUAUCGAAGGCAUAGAUAGUUAUAAAGGUGAAAAGCUGCACAGCCAUUGGUAUCGGAAACCGGACACAUUUGAAGGAACCACUGUACUGGUGAUCGGCGCCGGCCCCAGUGGCAUGGAUAUUACGAACCACAUCAGCAAAUUCGCUAAGCAAAUCUAUCUCAGUCAUAAUUUGGAUCCUGCACCCUGCACCGAUUUCAUGCCAAACGUUACACAGAAGACCGUCGUCAAACGCUUCACCGCAGAUGGCGCCGUCUUCAAGGAUGACACCACCGAAACCUUCGAUCACAUUAUCUUCUGCACUGGCUACAAAUACACGUUCCCCUUCCUCAGUAUCGAUGUUUCGUUGCGCGUCGAUGAUAAUUUCGUGCAUCCACUUUACAAGCACUGCAUCAAUAUACAUUAUCCCACGAUGGCAUUGAUCGGCCUGCCCUUCUACGUGUGUCCAUCGCAGUCGUUUGAUUUGCAAGUGCGUUUCGCAUUGGCAUUCUUCACCAAGAAACGUGAGUUCCCGAGUCGCGAGGAAAUGUUCGCCGAUUUGGAGAAGGAUAAGGAGAACCGACGCAAGAAGGGUCUGACCAACCGUCUGGCGCACGCGAUGGGCGAUAAGCAGUACGACUACUACCAAGAUCUCUCCGAAACGGCCGGCAUUGAAAAUAUCAAACCGGUGAUUAAUAAAAUCAUGGAGGAUUGCAGUCGCAAAUACAUUUACGAGCUCGCCACAUACCGUAACGAUCGUUUCAAGGUGCUCGAUGAUGAAACGUUCGUGAAAUUUCCCUUGGAAACCGCUUGAAAUUUAUAGUAAUCUUUGUACUACUUGUACAUGCUACUUGGGUGCUUUUUGGGGGUUACGGGUUCACAGUGCUUACUUUAUAAUUUUAUGUAUACUUUAAUGUCACUAAAGCUACGCAAUAUCUUUUUUUUAUAAUUAUACUAUAUACUUAAACAAAAUCAUUAUCAACUUCCAUAUUCAAGAUUCAUUUAGACAAUAAAAUGCUUGUAAAAUGCAAAAUAAAA